UUUAGAACCAAUAUCAAAGUAAAUUUAUAAAACAGAUUAUUUACAAUUGGAAAACAAUUCUUCUUAGAUUCCGUUUUAUGUCGAAAAUGUUAGCAGAUGAUAUUGAAGAUAAUGAUGAAGAAACGACUGUGGUUGAAGAAAAAUUUAUAAAAACCAAAGGAAAAUGUAAGAUUCAUUUGAGGCCUAAUGAUAUAUAUCUUAAACUAAAAUCAAAAAAUCGUGUCGGUAAAUGUAGGGGCGCUGGCUACUUGGAUAUUUGGGAUGUUAGUAUUACAAUGGGACGAAAUAAUGGCAAUUCAAUUGACGAAUAUAACACCAUACCAAAUGAAAUAUGGUAUCAUGUUGCGGAUCACAUUCCCCCUGAAUAUGUUCAAACUUUUGCCCUAAUUUGUCGCCAAACUGCAGAUCUUGUCAAUACACGAAAGUUUUGGAAUCAACUAUAUAAAAAUUAUUGCCUUAAACCGAAUGGUGAUUUUAAUUGGAUAACUGCACUGCCUGAACACUUACAGAUGCAUAGUUUACGCAGCUGCGACAAAGUGACUUUGCGUGCACGAGUGGUUGAAUCGCUCUUUCUAACAUAUCUACCAUUAUCGGAACGUACUGCCCAAACAUAUUCUCUCGAUAAGCUGCUCGGGUAUUCCUACGUAGCCUCGUGGCAUGAGCAGGAAAAUUGUGCUUGGAUUAUGUGCUAUAAAUUCCGACAGAAACAUAUGCAAGUCAAUAAAAAAGGCGUCGAUUUAACUGAUUUAUUUCCUUAUGAAAAUGAACUUGAUGAUUGGGAAACUUUGGCGGAGAACAAAUCCUGGUUCAAAACUCACUAUACUGGCCCACGGAAUGAUUUGAAUGAAGGUGUAAGCUUAUUGAUAAUACGAUGUGAACGUUAUAUUCCGUUUCCCAGUCAAUUGCUUUAUGAAAGUGGAGAAUCACGCGCACUGCUCUUGGGGAUUCGACAAAUGCUUGCUAAAGAUAUGCGAGGCACAAACCUGGAAUUAGAUUUUGGGGAAACGCCAAAAAACAUAAUAACUACUGUGAAAUAUCCCAAAGUUAUGAGUGUUAAAGCCUACCCAUGGUGGUAUCCAGAGUUUCGUAAAUAUAUAAAAUAAAUAUGGUUGAUUGACUUAAGAUGUAAUAUAAAUAAACAUUUUGUAUAUAUCAAGAGAA